UCUUCGCGAGGCGUUCCAUAGUCUGAUCUUUCGCUCCGCGCGCUUGGUUUUGUAAUAUAAUUAGGACAUAGGCUGAAGUUUCAGGAAUCUUCCGAAGUUCAUUUUGGAGGUUCGGGUAGGAGCGGGUUGGAAACGGUUUGGGUUGUUUCGGGUUUUGGGUUUGAAAGUUAAUUUUUAACUGAACAAAUGGCCAUGGAGGCUCGCGCAGUUCUCCUAUGCCUGCUGUGCGUCGGCGCGAUGUGUGCUGGUGUACUCGCGCAGCAGCAGGUCAACCGACCAAGAUUCUGGGAUUGUCCAGUUGACCUGUUUUUCGUGUUGGACACGUCGGAGAGUGUUGCUCUAAGGGCCAAACCCCCUGACUUCUUCAUCAGCCAGAUGAAGAACUUUGCCAAAAGAUUCAUCUUGGAGCUCAAAGAGACGCGUCAACCGUGUGAUCGUUCCCUCACGUGGAACUCCGGAGCCUUGCACUACUCCGAUGAGGUCAUCUUAGUGCGCCACCUGAGUGCCAUGGCCACGGAGCGACAGGCGCUCAUUGAUAGCAUUGAAAACAUCAGCUACAUCGGCAAAGGAACAUACACUGACUGUGCCAUCAAGAGGGGAAUCGCAGAGCUGCUCAUAGGGGGCACUCACUAUCAAGAGAACAAAUACAUCGUAGUGGUGACAGAUGGUCAUCCUCUAACGGGCUAUAAGGAGCCCUGCGGAGGCCUCCAGGAGGCUGCUAAUGAGGCCAGGCAUCACGGCAUCAAAGUCUUCUCUGUCGCCAUCUCCCCUGACCAGGAGGAGACCCGGCUGUCUGUGAUUGCUACGGACCACAACUACAGACAGAACUUCACAGCGGCUGACCUCAACAGAUCCAGUAAUCCCAUACAGACCAUACGCAGCAUUAUAGACAUGAUAACCAAUGAGACCAAAGAUGUGUGCUGCUCUUUCGACUGCAAUGCUAAAGGAGGUCCUAAAGGAUCUGAUGGAGACCCUGGGUCAAAGGGUGAGACAGGCAGACAAGGGAUGCCUGGUGAGAAGGGAGACAUUGGCGCAAAUGGUAACAUUGGAGACCCUGGACCUAUUGGCUACCGUGGCAUGAAGGGAGACCGAGGUCCAGUAGGACAUAAGGGCGAGAGAGGACACAAGGGCUACAAGGGGGAUAAAGGUCACAGAGGAAUAGAUGGAGUCGAUGGUCGUAAGGGUGAUCCUGGUUAUCCUGGUCUGGCUGGCUGUAAAGGAUCUCCAGGACCUGACGGCUCGCAGGGAGAACCCGGUCCCAAGGGAGACUCAGGCCCGUAUGGAACCAAAGGAGAAAAGGGGGACCAAGGAAAAGAUGGAGAACCAGGACGACCCGGAAACUACGGACCGCUUGGACGCAAGGGUGAACCAGGCCCCAAAGGAGUGAAUGGGGACAAAGGAGAAAGGGGAGAUGACGGUGCACCUGGAAUAGAUGGCAUCAGAGGAGACAAGGGGGCCCCGGGAGAGAAAGGAGAACAAGGAUCUCGUGGUAACCGAGGACCAAGAGGAGAAACGGGAGAACCAGGACUUCGCGGGGAGACAGGAAGAGAAGGUUCUGCUGGAGCUAAUGGAGACCCUGGCGAGCCGGGCAGGGCCGGGUCCCCAGGAUAUCGAGGCGAUGAGGGGGCCCCUGGACCAGAGGGACCCAAAGGACCAAGAGGAAUCAAAGGAGCUCCUGGAGACCGUGGCCCGAUGGGAUUCAGGGGAGAAGAUGGUGCACCAGGUAAUGGAACUGAGGGUUGCCAUGGUUUCCAGGGUUACCCGGGCCCACGUGGAGAACCUGGAGAGCCGGGCUCUAAGGGAACCCCAGGACCCAAAGGAGAUGACGGAGAACCUGGGGACCCUGGCUUGGACAACACCUCUCCAGGACCCCCAGGAAACAAAGGAGCCAAAGGCCACAGAGGACCUGAAGGACCACCGGGACCUCCUGGACCUCCCGGACCUGCAGGAGCGGAUGAAUGUGAAAUUCUGGACAUCAUCAUGAAGCUUUGCUCGUGCUGCGAGUGUAAGUGUGGGCCCGUGGACUUGGCAUUCAUUGUGGACAGCUCAGAGAGUAUUGGUGCAACUAACUUUGCUCUGGCUAAAGACUUCAUCAUCACCGUCAUAGACCGACUUAUAAAGGACCAACAAGUCCGCUUUGGUUUUAAUGAGUCCAGAGUGGGUGUGGUGCAGUACAGUGGAAAUGGAGCUCAGGAAGCUGUCCAACUGGGAGACCCCAACAUCAACACACUGCCUGAACUCAAAGAGGCCAUCCGGAACCUGCGCUGGUUGGCUGAAGCCACGUACACCGGUGAAGCCCUGCAGUUCUCCCUGACCAACAUGAUAGAUCGGCUGCAGCAGAACAACCGCGUGGUCUUGGUGUUGACUGACGGACGCUCUGACAUCACCAGGGACAAAACACCACUUGACACGCUCUGUGGCAAAGACAUCAAGGUGGUAGGUCUGGGUGUGAAGGACUUCUAUGAACGACAACCCAACAGCGAGCAGAUAGAUAACUUGGUCUGUAAGGCUGAUCCCAAACCAGGCUUUUCUUUCGUAUUGGAAAACUAUGCAGAGCUGCUGGAUGAUACCUUCCUACAGAACCUAACAACGCGCAUCUGUGAAGAUAAGAAGUGUCCCAACUAUAAAUGUCCAAUCCGCUUCACAGAGGACACAGACAUUUUGCUGAUGAUGGACAGCUCAACCAGCGUGGGGCAGCGGAACUUUGACACCAGCAAGACCUUCGUCAAGCGUCUGGCUGAUCGUUUCCUUUCUGCCGAGAAGACGGGUGGUGCUUCCGUUCGAGUUGCAGUGGGCCAAUACAGCCGCACAGCUCGCUUGGAGGCGGGACUGACCUCUGACAACAGCUUGCUGACCACCAAAAUCCAGGAUGCCACCUUCCAAAACGAUGGGACUGAUGUUAUCAGGGCAAUGGUCUUUGCCAUGGACCAAUUCAAAACUUCAGGUGGCGUGAACCGGAAAAAGAAGCUGGUGCUCUUCUCUGACGGGAGGUCACAGGGCGUUACCGAGGUGAUUAUGGAGAAGCGUGUGCGUCUGUUGGCGGAGGCUGGAGUGGAGCAGUAUGUUAUCACCGUGGGCAACCAGGUGAAUGAGGCCCACUUACGCACAUUGGUCAGUAGGGGGAGACGUUAUGAUGUCACCUACGCCCAGCGCCACCUCUUCCGUGUCCCAGACUACCCUUCCCUUCUGCGCGGUGUGCUGUACCAGACCGUGUCCCGCAGGGUCUCCCAGGCCUGAGUCCAGGGGCUGGACCAAACGCUUAAGUGUUAGUCUCCUUCAUCAUGAAUAUCCGUUCAUAGUUCAUCACUCAUUUACAAUCACUGUGUUUAAAUUGUGUUUUCGUGUUAGAAACAUCAGAAGACGAAUGUGUGUAAGACUGUUUUAGACACUGUACUUUACUGAGUUCAUGUACUCUGCGAAUUGACGGGAAACUCUGAACCUUCCAGCUGUAAACUCCUUAAACCUCUCGAACAGUAAUCUGGUUUCCGAUGUCUAAAACCAUUACAUAUUCCCAGCUCCAUAAUUCCAACAGCACAUGAACGCAGCUUUGUACAGGACAUUUUUUUCUGUUUUCUAAGAACCCUUUUUAUGUUGUUUGUAGCUCAGAGACAGAACAGGAUAUGACAUCACCACAUCAAAGUUAAACAUUAGACAUCCUCCCUGCAGACAACCUGGUGCUAAUAAAGAUAAAAACAGAUGCGUGUUUCAGCAUGCGUGUGUUUGUGUGUGUGUGUGUGUGUCUAGUUAUAAUUGUGUGUGUGUGUGUUGAGAGGAAGGGUCUCUAAUGUAUAACAUGUGGGAUUUACUCUAGAAACCGUUUGUCUGGGGUUGUGAGUUCAGAUUAUAACAGCCACAUGCGCACAUGCACUCCUAAUCCUUGAAGCUAUGAUCAAUCAACAUGAUUUAAUCCUUUAGCAUUCCAGGCAACCAUUUCUGCUAAGAUGUUAAAUAGUCCCUUUUGUGUGAUAAAAUAAUUCAUCCUUGGUGCUAUUUUUCAGAGCCCAAAUCUCAAUCACAGUUGGUGGGGUGUCAAUGAACAUUGUAGUCAGAGUAUGUUGCCAAAUGUCAUCUGCAGCACAGGACCAUGUUUUGACCACUGUAGCAGGAGACAAAAACAUGUUUUGACCGCUGUAUCAGAGGACAGAAUAAUGUUUUGAACGCUGUAUCAGAGGACAGAAUAAUGUUUUGAACGCUGUAUCAGAGGACAGAACAAUGUUUUGACCGCUGUAUCAGAGGACAGAAUAAUGUUUUGAACGCUGUAUCAGAGGACAGAAUAAUGUUUUGAACGCUGUAUCAGAGGACAGAACAAUGUUUUGACCGCUGUAUCAGAGGACAGAAUAAUGUUUUGAACGCUGUAUCAGAGGACAGAAUAAUGUUUUGAACGCUGUAUCAGAGGACAGAAUAAUGUUUUGAACGCUGUAUCAGAGGACAGAAUAAUGUUUUGAACGCUGUAUCAGAGGACAGAACAAUGUUUUGACCGCUGUAUCAGAGGACAGAAUAAUGUUUUGAACGCUGUAUCAGAGGACAGUAUAAUGUUUUGACCACUGUAUCAGAGGACAGAAUAAUGUUUUGAACGCUGUAUCAGAGGACAGAACAAUGUUUUGACCGCUGUAGCAGAGGACGGUAUAAUGUUUUGAACGCUGUGUCAGAGGACAGAACAAUGUUUUGACCGCUGUAGCAGAGGACAGAAUAAUGUUUUGAACGCUGUAUCAGAGGACAGAAUAAUGUUUUGACCACUAUAGCAGAGGACAGAAUAAUGUUUUGACCGCUUUAGCAGAGGUCAGAAUAAAGUUUUGACCGCUUUAGCCGUGGAAAGACACCUACAUGUAAAACUGAUGUUUUGAUCUGAAACCAAACCAGCCCACAAACAGACUGGCAGAACCAAGCUGCUUCAAUAAAGGCCGCUUGCCCCAAUAA